AUGAACCAGUUACUUCAGAAUGUACAUAUUCCCUCAUUUAUUCUGGGAUUUAUCUUUUGUAUGUUUUUGUCUCUUAUUCGACCAGGCUUACUGUCGAUAUUUGGUGGAUUAAUUAGUUUCUUUAAAGUUGUUACCAUCUUUGGGAUGUGUACUGCUGCAGUUUUCGUUAUCCUUAAGUCACAGCAACAACAACAAAUAUGGAGAGAUCGUAGAAGUGUAUCAAUGGAUAGCCGUCCGGAUGUAGCGAACACGGUAAGUGGAAUUCGUGAUGGAGUUAGACAAGAGGCUCAUAAUGAGACAGGUGAAUAUAAUUAUUUUCCAAUUCCUAUCACAAAAUUUGAAAAUGAUCCUAAAGAGAUUCCAUCAAGAAGUGCCCUACAAUCUCGAGAAAUGAAGGUCAAGGUAUCUUCCGAUGACAUCGAGAACAAGUAUGAUAAAACUUUAAGAUAUGAGAAUUUUGUUAAAAUGGCACAGAAAUCAAGAAAACGUUAG